AUGAACUCGUCGUGGCUGCGGCUCGACGACGACAACGAGAUGCACGACCCCAUCGAGGAGCUGCGCAAUCCGCGACAGGUCAAGAAUGAUUUUCUGAAGUAUUUGGGAGAGGAGGUUUUCAAAUUGAACUUUUAUCGCGCGCAUAUGCUGUACUUCAUCAUCGUCAUCGCAAUUUCGUCGGUCAUCGUCUAUGGGCAGGGUCUUGCUAAUGGACCGAAAGAGGUUGGAGGAGCGCACUUGACCUACACUGAUGCGCUGUUCUUGUCCUGCAGUGCUAUGACCACUACAGGGCUCAAUUCGGUUGACCUCGGAGAUCUCUCCGGCUUUCAGCAGGCUUGGUUCGCCGUUCUGCUGAUGAUUGGCAAUAUCCCUUUCGUCUCGACGGCUGUGGUGCUGAUCAGGAGAGCGCUAUUCCGCAAGAAAAUGGCAGACGUCGUCAAGCAUUCGCAUACAAUGCAACGACUAGUGCGAGACAUUGAGAACAGUAAUUCGGAUCGAAACGAGAGCAGCAGUAGUGCUGAGAGCGUGCGCCAGCGAGCGAACGGAAAACAAAACAAAGCAGGAAAGAGUACGCAACGACGAAAAGAUGAGUCCCCGCACGUGAAGAUAAAGCCUGUGUCUAGAAGAAGGACAUUUCAUUACGAGACCGGAUUUGGCUUUAUACCAACGCCAUGGGAGAUCAAGUCAGCUCGCAACUUUUUCAGUCGCAUACUGGAUCGCUUUUCUACAGAGUUGAAGCCCGAGAAACACGACUACGUUUCUUUCAAGCCUCAUCUCGACUCCAAAGGCCGUUUUCGAGAGCUUAGCGAGCAAGAUCGUAUGGAACUCGGAGGUGUAGAGUAUCGCGCACUUCAAACUCUCUUGCUCAUCCUAGUCGGUUACCAGAUCUUCUGGUACCUACUGGGUAUUACUUUCUUACUACCAUACGCAUAUCGAGGCGACACCAAGAACACACUAUACGAAAACCAACCAGGUGCCAUCAACCCGGGAUGGUGGGCGUUCUUUGCGACAGUGACUGAGUUUGCCAACGGUGGACUCAAUGUGCUCAAUGCCAACUUCAUCCCUUUCAGCGGUAAUUGGUUUGUCCUACUUACCGCGGCAUGUUUGGCAUUCGCUGGUCAGACACAAUUCCCGAUUCUACUUCGCAUUACUAUAUGGAUCAUGAAGAAGUUGUUACCAAAAGAUUCUCGUAUGAGGAACACGAUGCAAUUUCUCCUGCAACAUCCACGACGUUGCUUCAUAUACCUUUUCCCGAAACGCGAAACAGUAUACCUUUUUGCUGUCCAACUCGGCAUUGACAUCACGGCCUGGCUUUGUUUUGAGAUUCUGAACAUCGGCAUGCCAGACGUUGAAGCUCUCUCCACUGGCACUCGGGUAGUGGAUGGUCUCUUCAUGGCUAGCGGACUACGUACCAGUGGCGCAUACAUCAUCAACAUGAGUUCCCUCGCACCAGCGUGCUUGGUGGCAUAUCUAGUCAUCAUGUACGUUUCCAUCUACCCGAUGACGCUGGUGCUGCGCAAAACGAAUACGUACGAAGAGAAGUCGAUUGGACUAGAGGAGCACGAUAGUAGUGCUGCCGGAAUCGCAUCACAUCUACAAAAACAACUUUCCUACGACAUCUGGUUUCAGUUUUUUGUCUUCUUCUUGAUAUGUAUCAUUGAGCGAGGACAUAUCAACAAGGCAGAUCCGGGGUUCAGCAUCUUCUCUAUUCUAUUUGAAGUCACAUCGGCAUAUGGUACUGUCGGCUUGAGCCUCGGUGUACCGGGCAAGAACUACAGUCUAAGUGGCGACUUUGCGAGCUUGAGCAAAGUCGUGUUGAUGGCUGCGAUGCUGCGUGGUAGGCAUCGUGGCCUGCCUCUAGCAAUCGAUCGAAGUAUUCUUCUACCUGGCGAAGAGCUUAUGCAUCGUAUGGACCAAGAGUACAGCGCGACGGGUACAGAAAACCCACAAGAAGAAGCAGAGCUAAGGAAUGAUAUCGAGGGAAGUGGUAAGCAUCAACAGAAGGCCGGAAAGGGUGACCAGGACCCAGAGGACAGGAGAAGGUCGCAACCAAACAACGAGACUGGUCAGGAAGAGAGGCAAGAGACGGUGUCACAAUCCAACCCCUGA